CGAGGCCAAAUCUACACUGGAUUUGCUUACCAAGGACUAUCUGGUAUAUUUUUGCUAAGAGAGAGCAGCACUGAGGUUUGACAUAAUAAUGCACAUGAACUCACUCAUCCUCCGCCAUCCACAUGUAUGUGCCUUUGUAUGAAGGAUUUCAAGUCGCAAAGCCUACAUGUAAGAUGUAUAAAUGUAAUGUAAUAAUGUAAUGUAUAUAGGCCUAUGUGUAACUACAGCAUGAAAGGUUUAAGUAAAGUAAUGAAAAUGGCUUUAAUGCAUAAGUCCAUACAGUAAAAGACAUCACUGAUACAGUGCAGAGCAUAUGAAAAAGCAAGAAAGGAAAGGAUGUAAUUUGUGAUCACCCAACAAUUGCAAAGGACAAUAUCAAACAGUCAUGUAUGAAGGCUAAUGUAUUGAACAUUGACUCCAUAUAUACACUGAAGCGAAAAAUAUAUACAUUGUGCAUCACUGAGCUACCAGCAGUCUGUCUAAGUUCCAAAGCCGCAUCCUUAUGCGCAAAAUAUGCGCAGCAGUGAGAGCGCAAAAUAAAUAGUUCGGUACACAGACCCCAGACAAAAAGUUCGCAUGCUGGGCUGGACAGAACACCACACCGAGUACCUAGAUAGCUAACGUUAGGAGGAUUGGGCGUAGUCCAAAGACACCUAAAUUGGGCUUCAUCACAUUUUGAGGAGAAGGUGCCUACAACCUAAUACAUUUUGAUAGCCAAACGGCGAGAUAAAUUGCUCAUAAUGGCCUCGGAAGAGCUUUAUGAGGUUGAGAAAAUUGUGGACAAACGGAAGAACAAGAAGGGAAAGAUGGAGUACCUGGUCCGCUGGAGGGGGUACGGAUACGAGGGGGACACCUGGGAGCCCGAGUCGCACCUCUCCGCUUGCAUGGAGUUCAUUCACCAUUUUAAUCAGUCACACGGCGAAAGACCGAGAGACGGCAGUUUACUGCGCUCCACUCAAAGCUCUCCCAGCAUGGCCCACAGCCACAGUUCGAGCAACAACGCCCGCAAACAGAUCUGCAGGCCUCAGCCACUCUGCGGCAAUAGUGGAGCAGGAAACCACGCUCUAGUGAAACCCGCCUCUUCGCCCACCACAGCAGCUACGGCCGUCUCCAAACGGCCGCAGCCACCACUUGACUCUAGCCUGGCAAAUUCCAAAACGGACACACAGCAGCUUAUCUUGAGCCAGAAGUACAGUGAUUUCACUACCUGUGCCAUUUCUAGUCCAAGCUUUACAAGUGGUCCCGCUGCUUCUCCAGUGGGCACGGCGCGUCGGAGUAUGGACCUGGCCAAGUCCGGGAUCAAAAUCCUGGUUCCCAAAAGCCCCAUGAGCAGCUGGGUGGACUCUGAAGAGUCGCCCAGCGAGGCGGCCCACAGUCUGGAACAGGGGGGUCAGGAGCAGGACUCUGUGCCUCCAGAGGUGGCCCUGUUGGAAAAGCCUCUGGGGUUGCUGCUGGGGCCCGGGGAAGAAAGGGCACGCAUGGGGACUCGGCCCAGGACUCAAAGCCAAGUCCCAUUGAUCCCUCAGCAAGUCCCCAUAACACCCGCAUCCAUACACACCCUCAAUGGGAAAGGUACAUCGACACUCAUGGAGGCUCUGGCAGCCAACGGGACGGCUAACCUGCGGAGUACCGUGGCGCGAGUAACCGCCGUCUCCGGAGUGGCGGGGAAACGGCGCUUCGAAGAGCAGCGCUCGGUUUUCGACAAGCGCCUUCGGUUCAGCGUACGGCAGACGGAAAGUGCCUAUCGCUACAGGGACCUCGUCGUCAAGAAGCAGGACGGUUUCACCCACAUCCUGCUCUCCACCAAGACCUCGGAGAACAACUCACUCAACCCCAACGUGAUGAAGGAGAUACAGAGUGCCAUGGCCACAGCGGCAUCAGACGACAGUAAGCUGGUCCUACUGAGCGCCGUAGGCAGCUUCUUUUGCUUCGGCCUGGACUUCAUCUACUUCAUCAGGCGGCUUACCGACGACCGUAAGAAAGAGAGCAUCAAGAUGGCCGAGACCAUUAGGACAUUCGUGAACACUUUCAUCCAAUUCAAGAAGCCUAUCAUCGUAGCCGUGAACGGACCGGCCGUGGGCCUCGGAGCCUCCAUCCUCCCGCUGUGUGACGUAGUCUGGGCCAACGAGAGAGCCUGGUUCCAGACGCCUUACACCACCUACGGACAGACACCCGACGCCUGCGCCUCCAUCACCUUCCCUCGCAUCAUGGGCGUGGCCUCGGCCAAUGAGAUGCUGCUGAGUGGGAGGAAGCUGACGGCCCAGGAGGCCUGUGCUAAAGGGCUUGUCUCCCAGGUGCUGUGGCCCGGGACUUUCACUCAGGAGGUGAUGGUUCGCAUUAGGGAGCUAGUCUCUUGUAAUUCAGUUGUCCUGCGGGAGUCCAAAGCACUGGUCCGAAACGCAAACCGGGCCGCCCUGGAGCAGGCCAACGAACGCGAGUGUGAGGCGCUGAAGAGAGUUUGGGGCUCCUCGCAGGGGAUGGACUCCAUCCUCCAAUACCUGCAGAAGAAGAUAGAUGCGUUUUAAGGAAAGCAUGUAUCCCCCAUGUUCCCAAGCCCCAUUCAGUGGGGGAACCAGACAAACAGCACUGAGAGUGCAACAGGUUCAAUCUGCAAUCUGUGUGAUCUAUUGUAUGUGUGUGUGCCCAUUGAGAUGUUGCUGCUGGACCUUUAACUCUUCCUAGCAUCCCGGUGACCAUGUGUUGACCCUUUACCCAAUAACCCCCGGCCUUUGACCCUUUACCCCCAGUGGUUCCCAACCCUGGUCCUCCAGUACCCCCAACAGUACACAUGUUUAUUGUAACCUUGGACAAGCACACUCGAUUCAACUUGUAAACGAAUCAUCAAGCCCUCAAUGAGUUGAAUGAGGUAUGUUUGUCAAGGGCUACAACAAAACGGUUUACUGUUGAAGGUACUGGAGGACCAGGGUUGGGAAACACUGUUGGGGCUACUGGAGGACCAGGGUUGGACAACAUGUUGGGGCUACUGGAGGACCAGGGUUGGGCUGUUGAAGGUACUGGAGAACCAGGGUUGGGCUGUUGGGGCUACUGGAGUACCAGGGUUGGGCAACAAUGUUGGGGGGUCUGGAGAACCAGGGUUGGGCUGUUGAAGGUACUGGAGGACCAGGGUUGGACAACAAUGUUGGGGGUACUGGAGAAC